CUUAGCCUUGGGAACCCAAGCAAAAAAAAACAAUAUUCAUUACCUAGUCAGGAUCGAUCCAAACAUCUCCUGUUGAACCAAAGUCUCCUUGCAUUGUUUCCUAUUCAUCAUGGACUCCUGGCUUGAAUUUCUGGCCGAAAAAUCCCAAUGGAUGGCCUCCAGAACCAAACGAGACGAACCGUCGGCAUCAGAGCUGCAAUCUCCCACGCCUACCGGGUCGUCGUCAUCAUUUGUCGGUAACACCCCGUCCACAAUUCUCUUCUUUCUCGCGUUGGCAGUGGGUGUGUUCAUCGCCUCACUCUUUGUGUUUUUCACCGUCCGAUACUUCAUCAGGUCCAAGUACGGACUUCACGUGUACCCAAUGGCACAACGAAGCUUCGCAUUACCGACAUCUUCGUCGCACCACUUGUCGGCGAUGCACCACACGGCGGUCGAGCUUCAAGAACAGUUGGACUAUGUUCGGGCCCAUCACUUUUCUCGCAGUGACUUCUUCGACCAGAGACUCAACUACCGCCGAAGACGCAACCGCAGACGUAGAAACCGGUAUAGCAAGAUGAAGAAGCUUACGGAGGCUCAAGUUGAGACGUUGUUCCCCAAGAAAACCUACUAUGACUGGCUCAACGGUGGUCAGGAGCGAGAUCAGGAAAACCGCGAUGGCGUACUACAAGAAGGAACCGACACCUCCACCACCGACACCGCCAUCGCCACCCCUAAAAUCGAAGAGUCCACCACCAACGAGAGCCACGAAAGCAUUGAAAUGACCGAAAUCAACACCCAGGCGGUGGGAACCAGUAGCUCUGCUGAAGAAGAUAAUACUAACAUGCCUCACUAUACUUCUGGUUCCUGUGCCAUUUGCUUGGAAAUGAUCGAAAGUCACGAUAUUGUCAGAGGGUUGCUCUGUGGGCAUGUUUUCCACGCUGACUGUUUAGACCCGUGGUUGACCAAGAGGUGGGCCUGUUGUCCCAUGUGUAAACGUGAUUACUACUAUAAGAAUGGGUUAAGCUACAAUGAACAGACGGAGAAUGCAGACCUGACCCACGACAAUAACAACACCACGUCGAGAGGCGAUGAAGAGGCUGCGGAACACGAGACCGCUGAACACGAGACCGCUGAACACGAGACCGCUGAACACGAGACCGCUGAACACGAGACCGCUGAACACGAGACCGCUGAAAACAACGAUGCCCCUGAUACCCACGAAGAAUCAGAUACUGACUCGAUCGACAUCGAGGUGUUCAGAAACGAUCCUACCCUUCGUGCCAUGUUACAAGAGCUUAUUCCUAUCGAUGAGAGAGUCAGGAUGAUCUUGAGCGACGACUCCUUGACUCAUCUCAACUUGGAAGAAGCUGGAAAUGAGUAUGCCCAGAGAACUUACGGUGGAUUCUUCAAAAUGGUGUUUUGGAGAAUCAUGGGUAUUUCCAAGCAGGACUUGUUUCACUACGGAGUGAUAACGACGUACCAUACAUACAGAGUCCACGAGGAACGCCGGCUUACUUCGGAAGCCGGGGUUGCUACCGGUCAGAUUCCAGGUGAGGAACCCGAUGCGGACCAUGAUCAAACAAUGGCUGCAACUAGCACAAACACAUCCCAAGACCACCCACACGAACCCCAAAGCAGCCCCAACACGGAUUUGGCGUCAGGAUCCCACCAGAGUAUACAUACGGCCAGGACUCAUGUUCUGCGGCAGGACUCCGAAGUGGAUAUUUCAAGUCUUACCAUUUCUGAUGAGGUGCGACGCCAAGUUAAUGACAAUAGGGUGUAAACUCUGAACUUUUGUUCUUCAAUUCGAACGGGUGGGUGCCACCAGGCGUAAGUAUGUUACUACGGUAACUCAACCACACAACUGACCCAAUACCAUAUCGGUCCAUAUUAUUACCAAUAUAUGAUGUCUAUGUCUUAGCUCACUCGCGUUGUAAUGAGAUCUCU